UAUUAUUAAACAAAUGCACACAUAUUAACAUUACAACUUUAACUGUCAAUAACUACGGUUGUUUCUUUAAAAGAAAACAAAAAUUAAACGGAAAAUUAAAACUUAAAUCUUAAGAGAAAACUUUUCCAUAAGCAUGUCUACACAAGAUUCUAAGGAAGCCGAAAAUUCAGCUACUUCCUCACGCUGCGAAUCACCUGUGUUCCCCUUAAAACAUCAGCACAGUUUUGAGGAACGUUAUGCCGCCAUUAUAAAUCAACAAAUUUUGGAAAAUACCAUUAAUAAAGAAGUUUUACAACGACAAGUGCAAGCUUUUUUUCCCUUUAGUCGUAGUGCAUCAAGGGAAUGUACAGAGGGUAAGAAGACUCAGGAUAAAGGUUCAGAUUCUGAGGAGGAGGAGGAGCAGCAGGAUUUGGAAAGAAAAGUCUUGCAAAAAUUGGAUACUUUGGAUAUAAAGGAUAAAGAACAGACUUAAAGGAAACUACAGCAGGGUGAAUAAGUGAGAAUUUAAAGAAGUGUAUAUACGAUUUUUUUGUUAUUUAAGGAGUAUACCAUUGGAAAGCUUAAAGAAUUUGUGAUUAAAAAGUUGAACUUGAAAACUGCUUAAGAAAAAUUAAGACGAUUUUUAACCAUUUUCUUAAAGUCUAGUUAUUUUUUUGUCGUGUGUAAAACUUUUAUAUAAAAAUUAUUUUAAUCGGUAGUAUAUCAAGGCGGCAAACGAUAACUGGAGUUUGAGAUAAUGGGGCUUAAAGAAAUUAAACUAUUGGCAAUAAUUUUUUAAAUAUAAAUAAUAAA